CGCUCUACAUGCGCCCCGACAGCCCUUUGCCCUGCGCUCCCUGGGAGGCGAUGGCCCCGCUCUUCGGACACGGCCCUGGCCGCUGGUAGAGGCGCUCGCUCGCUCGCUCGCUCCCCGCUCCGGCUCCCGCCGCGCCAGGACGUUCCGCGAGAACGCUGUCCUGCCAGUGCCGCCGACCGACGCCGCCUGAUACCGCGACCUUUCCGACGAGGGCAUGGAGGUGCACGUAGGCCUGGGAAGGGUCUACGGCCGGCCGGCCGGGAAGACGUUCCGCGGAGCUUUCCAGAGCCUCUUCCAGAGCGUCUGUGAGGCGUUCCACGGCUCCGGGGACGGGGGCGCGCGGGAGGAGGCCGCCACCGCCGCGACCCCGGCGACCGCCGCGGGCUCCGCUGCCUCCACCCCGUGCCAAUCCGGCGCCCGCCUGCAGGAGCCCAGCCCGCGGCGGCGGCUGCCGCUCAGCCCCGGCUCGCCCUCCUACCUGCCGCUGGGCGGACAGUCCCCAGCGAGCGCCGGCCUGCAGCCUGCUGAGCGGGACCCCCACGCGGCCGCUGCGUCCUCCUCGUCCGCCGCGGCUGCCUCGUCCUCCUUGGCCCUGCUGGACUCGUCCUUCCAGAGCUGCCCCGGGGACCUCAAAGACAUCUUGGGCGAGGGCAGCUUGCUGCAGGCCCCGGCCGCCGAGUCGCGGGGCGGCGCGGCGGCCGCCGUGGAAAGCCCGCCGGACAAGGAGGACUUCUUGGGCGAGAGCGCCAAGGAGCUGUGCAAGGCCGUGUCCGCCUCCAUGGGCCUGGCCGUCGAAGCGCUCGACGUCCCCGGCGGCGGCGGCGGCGACCUGGCCGCGGCCCGCGGCGACUGCAUGUUCGCCCUGCCGGGCGCGCACGCCCGGGCCGUGACGAUGGGCGCCUGCAAGAUCGUGGAAGCCGAGCACGAGAGCGGCGCUGCUGGCGGCGGCGGCGGCGGCGGCGAGGGCGCGCUGGCCAUGGACGUGUCCGGCCCCCUCAGCCUCUACAAGGGCUCGCCGGAACUGGACGAGCCGUCAGCAGCCGCCUUCCAGAGCCGCGACUACUACAACUUCCAGCUGGCGCUCGCCUCGCACGGCCGCAUCAAGCUGGAGAGCCCCCUGGAGUACGCGGCGCCCGGCGGCGUUUGGAGCGCGCAAUGCCGGCGCGCCGCGGAAGUGCCUGCGCUGGCGCCCCACUACGGCGGCCCUCCCGGCCCGAGCUGGCACCCCUUCUUCUCCGAGGAAGGGCCGAUCUACGCGCCGUGCGUGCCCGGCGAGGGCGCGGCCGCAGCCCCCUUCGGCUACGGCAGAAGCCCGGGCCCGGCGGGGCAGGAAGGGAGCGACAUGCCGUCCGAGAUGUGGUACCCGGGAGGCGUGGUGGGCAGGAUGCCUUUCGCCCCUGCGCCCGGCUGCAUCAAGACGGAGCUCACGCCGUGGAUGGAGGGCUACGCGGGGGCCUACGGAGACGUGAGGCUGGAUGCUGCAAGGGACCAUGUUCUGCCCAUUGACUAUUACUUCCCACCACAGAAGACCUGCCUGAUCUGCGGGGAUGAAGCUUCUGGGUGUCACUACGGCGCUCUGACUUGCGGGAGCUGCAAGGUCUUCUUCAAAAGAGCUGCAGAAGGUAAACAGAAGUACCUCUGUGCCAGCCGGAAUGAUUGCACCAUUGAUAAGUUUCGAAGGAAAAACUGCCCUUCCUGCCGUCUGAGAAAAUGCUACGAAGCCGGGAUGACUCUGGGAGCUCGCAAGUUGAAGAAAUUGGGUAACCUGAAGUUGCAAGAGGAAGGGGAGGCCGCUGGCCCAUCAAGCCCCACGGAGGAGCAAUCCCCAAAGAUGUCGAUGGUCCACCUUGAGACCCUGGAUUGCCAGCCCAUCUUCCUCAACGUCCUGGAAGCGAUCGAGCCCGGCAUGGUUUGUGCGGGCCACGACAACAACCAGCCCGACUCCUUCGCCGCCCUCCUGACCAGCUUGAACGAGCUCGGGGAGAGGCAGCUGGUGCACGUGGUGAAGUGGGCAAAGGCCUUGCCAGGAUUCCGCAACCUGCAUGUGGAAGACCAAAUGGCAAUAAUUCAGUACUCCUGGAUGGGCCUGAUGAUUUUUGCGAUGGGAUGGAGGUCAUUCACAAACGUGAACUCCCGGAUGCUUUACUUUGCUCCAGACUUGGUCUUCAACGAGUAUCGAAUGCACAAGUCAAGGAUGUACAGCCAGUGUGUCAGGAUGCGACAUAUGUCUCAAGAAUUUGGAUGGCUGCAAAUCACUCCCCAAGAAUUUCUUUGCAUGAAAGCUCUGCUCCUCUUCAGUAUUAUUCCAGUGGAUGGCCUGAAGAAUCAGAAGUUCUUCGACGAACUUCGGAUGAACUACAUAAAGGAACUCGAUCGUAUCAUCGCUUGCAAGAGGAAGAAUCCCACGUCCUGCUCUCGCCGUUUCUACCAGCUCACCAAGCUCCUUGACUCUGUGCAGCCAAUUGCCAGAGAGCUGCACCAGUUUACAUUUGACCUCUUAGUGAAGUCCCACAUGGUCAGUGUGGACUACCCCGAAAUGAUGGCCGAGAUCAUCUCCAUGCAAGUCCCGAAAAUCCUCUCUGGGAAGGUGAAGCCCAUCUACUUCCACAAACAGUAAUGGAGGAGGAUGGAGGGGCCCAGCCCAGCCCAGCCCAGCUCAGCUGCCAUCGCCUGCCUGCUAUUUCUGCACUACUGCACUGCAGUGCCUUGGAAUACUGUAUGUCGCAAAGAUGUACCGUAAUUGCAAAGAACUACCUGCUGGGGCUUAUUUUCGUUUGGGUUCUUCUCCGCUGGGUGGCCUGCCCUGGCAUCUGCCUCUUCUGAGUAGCUCCUUACGUGUGUAGAGUCUGGUCCAUCUUUUCUCUUUGUUUGUUGUUGUGGCGUGGUGCCGAGCGGCACGGUUUACAUUCUUUGGCUUGUGCGUUUCCCACAGUGGCUCUCGUGGGCUUCUGCCACAGGGGGGAGCAUUUGAUUUUGAAACACAUGCGCACAUCUCCUUUCGUUUGCCAUCCCUCUUGCUGUUGAUUACAUUCUCUCUUUUUAGAGCAAACCCAAGAUGACAAGCAGGUUAUAAAAACUGAAUACUGGGGUCAGGGGAGAACUCCCUAUUGAGUUUGGGUGACACUUCUACUGUUUGGCGCAGACCUGCCUUUAUCUUUUCCAGCUGGGUCACCCACCUCUCUAAGAUGGAGGAGAAAUUCCACAGUGUAUCCGAAACCAGGAAAUGAGAGCUGUAAUUCCUGCACCCAAAACCAGACAGAAAGAAUGUAGCAAAAUGCAUACAGCGGUUGAAAAGGAAAGCAGGGCGCGCAAAGGGAAGCGGGGAAAGGUGUUGCCACAGCUGCUGGCAUCGCUCAGGCCCGUGCGAACCGCCGUGUCUCUGCGUGUGAAGAAGCCCUGUUCCUGGUCUGGUGCUGUCCAGGCAGAGUGCCACUGUGUUGCUGUUGCUCGUACCUUGGGCGCAUCCAGCCGCUGCGCCAGCCCACCAACUCACAGAUGCCCACAGUGCCGGUGCGCAGUGCCUACCCUGCCUUGAUGGUGCUGCGGGCAUCUCCUCGGGCUGCGGAGGUGCUUUCAGCAGCGUCCCUCUACACGAAGUGCCCGAUUACUAUGGAGAUCCUUGUGCUCAUCAAAACCAUGCAAAGCAUUAAGAAGGGCUGGAGGUGCUUCUCGCCUUCCCAGUGCCCUGGAGCUUCCAGGGGCUGCUCCACAAGGUUUUUUCCCUUCUGUGGACCAUGAGCCAAAUCCAAAAACUUGCCCAAUGAAUGUGAACACAUUCCAGUUUUGAGCAUUUUCUUUUUCAUGUCUUGAAAGAUGCUCUCCUCUCAAGAAAGCCGCUCUGUGGUCUUGGUGCUGCCCCUCCCGGGGGCUGCCUGGAGCUCUUCGUUCCAGCACCACCAGCCUCUGAUGCCUCCUCUUAGCUCUGCACCCCACUUCAUGUGGUUCUCCGGAAGCAUCUAAGGACCUUCUUGCAUGACCUGCUCUUUCUGCAUGAGACGGAUGAAGGUCUCAGAAGCAAAACUAAACAGGAACUCUGUGCCAUUGGACCUGCCGAGAAACUGCACAGAACUUUGGUCCUAGCCCACUCCAUUGUGGAUUGGUGAAAAAAAUCUAGUUCCUGCUGCAUUGCUGUAUGUUGUCAGGAAAUCAUGCACAGGGGCGGGGGACAGGUUCUUUUUGUGAUUUCAGAUAGACAGCACUACAGUCUGACGUUCUCCAAAAGGAUCUGGAACCAAGCCCUAGAAGUGUCCCUCAUUGUGAAAAGAUGCCCCUCCUCCUCAUCAGGUUGCACUAGAAUCCAUGCAGUUGCUGACCACUGAAUCUUACACGUUGACACAAAAGGAUUCCUAACUGCCAUCUCUGAUGGUCAGGAUUAUUUCUGAAAGAAAUGCAUGUGAAUAAUUUUGCUGAACAAAAAUCAGUGAUUGGGGAUGAUGUUGGACAGCUCAGCUGCAUGUGUGGAAGACCCACUGAUUUGCAUAAGAAUGCCAUUUACGAUUUCUGGGGUGUCUGUGCCUACACCCACUACCACCACGAGCUCUUUCCUCUAAGCUUAUUUUUCCACCAGUUUGGCCUCCUGGAUUUCUCUAAAGCUGGGUGAGACACGUGGUGUGCCUUCCCACAGUGAUAACUUAUUACACUUCAGGUCUGAAAGAUGACUUGUGAAGGCCUGAAACCUUGCUGUUCCUCACCCAUUUUGAUCUGCCCCUUCCGUUCACCAGUGCGCUGCCACUUUCUCUGGCUUGCCCUGGACCUUCAGUGGAAUAUAUAGCUCCGUGUUGGAACUUAGCUUUGUAAAGAAGCGGCGUUAACGUAACCACUGCCUCAUCCCUGACAGUUGCCGAUUUGGCUGAUUCUUGUCAAUGAUGUUGUCCGUUGCUUCGUUGAUUAUACUUAGGAGAGAAUUUUAGGUCCAAACAGUUUGGAAGCUGCGGCUCCUUGGGAAGCUCAAAAACAUCUCCCUGCUUCUUGCAUUGCGGAAAGUAGAGUGGUGGAAUUCAUAUAGCCAUACCAAGAAUGAAUGCUUCUCCCUCCUCAGGAGAUGGUAGAUCAUGUGGAAGGGUCUCCAGGCAGGGAAUAUCUCACAUUGGACACUUGGAGCAGAAACAGCCAUUUCUCACAUUCAGCAGGACUUGCUGAAAGCUCUUUCCACUCUGAGGUGGAAGCCACUUCUUUAAAUCGGAGUUCGGCUGAGCUGUGUUCCUGCCAAGCUUCUGGAGCAGCUCUGCUUGUGCAGCCGCCAGACGCAACCACGGCCCGUGAGCAACCUUGAACCACAGCUGUGCUGCAAAGGAGUUCUGAAGCAUCCUUGCAAAGCAUCCACAGUGAACCCCGUGACAAUAUUGGGGCUGCGAGGAGGAACUCUGCUAGCGGGGACUUGUUUAUUUACCUCCUUUAGUUUAUUUACAAUGUGAUGCUGCAUUUAUAAAAGAAGAAAACAUGAGAAAUGCUCAAAGUGUUGACAAUGUCUCAGCCACCAAUCCUUGUUUCUAUUAUGCAUUUGUGCAUUAUUACAAUUAUGAAGCAUUUUUUUAAAAUGUGUGCCAAUGCAUUCUGUUUUGCCACAUGAAUCUUACAACAUAACGCAGAUAGUUUAGUCAUUUUCUUCGCUAGGGUUUUCCCCUUCAACGCAUAGCAUUGCGAUCAGACUGCUGUCUCCUCACCUCCACAUUUCUUCUGAAAAAAUGGGAAGGGAAGGAAAAUGGGAUGGGGAAGCAGCCUGGCUGGCAUUCCUGAUGCCGUUGCAUGCCCGGUUGAGCAGAAUGCGACCCGCAUUGGUUAGACCACAGCAAACAUGGACAAGCAUUACACCUUUUCCAGCAUAUCCAAAUUGUCUGUUUCACGUGCCCCUUAACUAGGCACAAUGCCAUGCCUUCACAGGCAAAUGUUACGCCUCCUGGACAAUCGACUGCGUUAGCAGGGAGGCAUACCAGCAUGGACAAAGCAAUUCUGUAAAGUGGCCGUUGUCCCAUAAUUCCGUUGCUUCUCUGAUCCAAACUUUUCUUUGGCUUUGUGAAAGUGGUGUGAGGAUGUUGCUUAAAGACACUCGUGAGGAUGUUGCUUAAAGACACUCGAACUAAGUUCGCAUUGAUCUUUUGCUGAUCGCAUACAAGCAAAGAAAGCGCUUGACGAUUUGGCUCUAUUUGGAGUACGACAUUGACAACAGCAUCCCUCCGUUGCAGAGUUGUUGGAGUCUGAGUUUUCUUCACUAAAGAUGCCUUAUGCAUGGUGUAUACCCUUCCCCACCUUUCUUCUUCUGCUGCUGGAGACGUCCAUGGGGACUCCUGGCCGUCACCUUUUGUACAAAGCACCUUAUACAGCUUAAGCUACUUGUGUUGUUCACUUGCAGCAGUUUUUAUCCAAAGAAUGUGUUGGUAGGGACAUUACCAAAGAAUGUUCGUUUAAAAUGGAAAAAGGGUUCGGAGCUUGUUGCUCCACCAUGCAGCAGGAUAAACAGGCUCACCAUCUCGGAAGCUCUGUUUCCUUUUUCUUUUCUGUCCUGGUAUGUUCCGAAAUCUGAUUGUCCAAGAGUGUUCCUUGGCACACUGAAUCCAGUCACCAGGUUGGUACCUCCAGAGCUGGAAAAGUUGGGGAACGUAGUUUCAAAGGAACAUGAUUUGCACUAGAGGACGUCCCACUUACGCCCCCCACUCGAUAGCACUAAAGCUCCCUGUGCCAGUGACUCUGCUCGGAGCGUGGGAAAGGUGCUUUGCCACUGGAGAGAGUGCCAGCUUCCAGGGAUGCAAGUCCAGAGGAGUGCACUGCCCCGGAGUAAACAGCUUAGCUAGCAUCACAUUUGCACCUGAGGGGGCUGCACCUGGAAGCCACACAAAAGAUGCCUUGAAGGCCCCCGGCACCGGCUUCUCUCGCCGGAAGGGGAGCCAUGCCUGGGUUUUAGCAGCAGAUGCACAUUGAGCUGUGCAAGUUGCACAGGCGGGGGGCUAGGGGGCCCUCCAAUUGAGCAGCUGCACCACCGGACUGCGAGGGGCAGUCUUUCCUCGCUCUCCAGCUCCCCCAGUCCCGAGGGUGCCAUUCCCCACCCCCUCGCACCUCCCGUGCAGGACACAGAGGGCUGGGGGAAGGCCCUGCUCUGUUCUGGGGCUCCCCAGGCUGCCUUGGUGUGGCCCCCGGGCUUUUCCUCCGGCUCACAGUGCCUCCAGGAAGCCAGUACCCUCCUUGCAGGGCACAGUCAGUUAUUGUGAGUGAUUUUGGAGCGGUUCUGUAAAAAUUGUGGCACUUUUUUAACAAAAGAAGUUGUAUUUGUUAAUCUGUUUAUGGUGUGUGUUUUUUAAAACAAGGUCUUCAUAUAUGUAGGGUGUUUUUGUUUUUUAUUGUUAGGUAGGGAAAUGAGAGAGGGUGGCCUCAUAGGCCACAACACUUGUGCGUGUGGGGAGGGGGCAGUGACACAAGGUACAUGGAGUUGUAGUUUUCUAUUUGUCUUAAUACAGCCAAAUAAGCUUGUGAAGCUAACAAAAUAUCAAAACCAGCAUAAAAGCUAUGGCAGUUUUGCAAAGGAGGGGGUUGUUCUCAUCUUUGAGGGGCACUAGAAGGACUAUUUAAAAACAAUACAUGAAUAAAAUCCUAAUUGGAGCACAGGCCACAUUAUGCAGGCCCUGCUGUGACCUCGAGAGUUUGUAGGUAAGGAACUGGAUUCUUUCAGGCAGUCACCUUUAACCAAUGGUGCCCAAACAGCAACAUGAAAAGUUUUCCCACUGAAGCUGAUGGGGAAAUUGACACUGUCUUUACUGGGACUGACAUUAGACUCCAACAGACAAAAUGCAGAAUCAAACCCCUGAUUGGAGAUGCUGGGUGCAACUCAGCAGAGACAGAUACUGUGCAGGUGUGGAAAGGAAAGGAAAGGAAAGGAAAGGAAAGGAAAGGAAAGGAAAGGAAAGGAAGGAGACCUGCACAAUAACUGUUCUCUGAGAAUCAGAAUUCCUUCGCAAACAAAAUACUCCAUCUGAAAGGUAGUGUUUCAAAGGCACCCCAACUGAGAGACCCAGAGGGCGUCUGAUACACACACGUGGGGAGGAAUUGUUAAGCAGAGUGUAAUACGAAGAAAGAGAAAAGCAAACAUAAAAGCUUUUGUUUCUGACUUCUUGAGUCCAGGACUGGUUUCAAGGGAGGGUGAGAGGCUGUCACUGGACACCAGGGCAAAUUUCAUGCUGUAAUUCAGUUCUCCCUUUUUUGUAAUCUUGGAUUCUAUUGUUGCUUCAAAUUCAAUAAAAAGGCAAAACUUUGGUUGUUGGAA